CGACCAAUGGCGGGUGGCGGGGAAGGAAGGAGGCGUCACUUCCGUCCCGCUGCUGGCAGGAGGACGAAGCGCAGACGUCGCCGGCUGAGGUUGACUGCUGGUGCAGGCUUCAGCCGUCCGCCCAGGCGCCACGAUGAGGCUGGCGGGGCCCCUGCGGUUGGUGGUGCUGGUGCUGCUGCUGGGGGUCCUCUGGGUGCUGGGCAGCCUGCUCUCCGGCCAGGGCAGCACCUACAACAAGCUGCGGCAGCUCCUGAGCGGUCCCCUGGAUCAACCGACCGCAGAGUCGAAGCCGCGGAAGUACAAGUGCGGGCUCCCGAUGCCGUGUCCGGAGAAACACUUUGCGUUCCGUAUCGUCAGUGGGGCUGCCAACGUCAUCGGCCCCAAAUUCUGCAUAGAGGACCAAGUGUUCAUGAGCAGCGUGAAGAACAACGUCGGGCGUGGACUCAACAUCGCGCUUGUGAAUGGAGUCACGGGAGAGCUGAUGGAUGCCAAAUACUUCGACAUGUGGGCUGGAGAUACGGGAAUUACGGAGCUGUUGAAGUUCCUGCGGCCGAUCUAUGAGGGGACACUGGUGUUCGUGGCUUCCUACGACGACCCAGCCACAAAGAUGAACGACGAGGCAAAGCGGAUAUUCAGCGAGCUGGGCAGCAAGGCCAUUCACACGCUGGGCUUUCGCGACAGCUGGGUGUUCGUCGGGGCCAAAGGCAUCGAUAACAAGAGUCCCUUCGAGCAGCACGUGAAGAACGACAAGAGCACCAACAAGUAUGAGGGCUGGCCGGAGGCCGUCGAGAUCGAGGGCUGUAUCCCCCACAAGCUGGUGUGAGGCGGACACCAGGCACCCCCCCCACUCCCACCCCGGAAGUGGCGGGUGGAGGGUCUGUGGCUCGUGGUCCAGCUGACCCGACUCCAUAGGAGCUCAUUCCAGGGCCGUCUCCCCACCUGCUCCCACCCUCGAGGAAUGAACCCCUUGCCCUCCCUAGUUCCCUUCAUUCCCCCCCCCUCAUUCCUUCCUGGGGCAGAUCCCUCAGUUCCCCUUCCUCCUCCACCACCUUUAUCUCAUAUGGCUCCCAACCCCCUCGUCUGGCCCUCUCCACCCACUCAACUCCCCUCCCUCAUCCCCCACCCUCUUCCUCCCCUCCCUCACCCUUCCCUGACCCCAAUUCACAUUCCCCUCCUCCCUCACCUUCCUGAGUAGGCUCCCUCCUUCGCCUCCCGUGUCUCCAACCCAGAUGGUGCAGGGACCGUAACGAUAACACUCACUGAAUGUCCGCCAGGGCCACAGCCCUCCCACCCACCCUGACUCUCCCCAGAGCCCUGGGUCGGUUGCUGGCUCUGACACUCCCUUGGGCUCCCCACCCCUCCCAUAUCUCCCACCUCUCUCCACAACGAGCUGCUACAUUCCCAGGAAGAGGAUAGGCCCCCCCCCACCCUUCCCCAAGGACGGGGCCAAUUUCAUUUUUGCUCAUUUCAUGUUCGCUCAUUUCUAUUUAAAGAUAAUAAAUUGUUUUAUAGUGAA